CCUCUCGCCGAUGCUUAGGCUCAGCGGACUCAGCAUUAUCUGGGGGGUGCGGGGUCUGUGUGGCUGCUCCGACUCCCAGUUUCGGGAUGAUCGCCAAACAGUCCUUUGCCGCCCUCCGGGUCUCCUGCUCUUGCAUGGCCUUCUGCAGGGCCCGUACGACUUUCCCCCACAACCCGAGGACAUCGUCUCCUCGGCAAGCGCUUUAGUGCGCUUGUCCCACACUUCGGGGUGGAGAAUAUCCACCGGCUGGUCAAUGAGCCCAAUUUGUAAAAGCCUCGCAAGCGCGAGAGUAAAAUCUUUGGGUUUACAAUCAAUACCCCACUGCUUAGGUAAUUGUGAUACGACCUUCACAAGGGCUUCCAUCCUCCUUGUUGGUCCUGGUCCGGGAGCGUCCUCCCCGCCGGGCUGGUCCUGCCGCUCCGGCCGCCGUUCACCCGAUUCCAGGCGACUUUCCCGGGUUUCGGCACCACUUGUUGCCUUCGUUGGCGUGGCGACCUGGUUCAGGAACGGCACGGCGACCGACCCCAGCUGCAAAGUCGUUGCUGAGGGAAUGGCUCCGCCACAAAGGAUCCUCUUUCCCCCGGAGAACAUUUACAUGGACUGGCAGCAGCGAUGGAGAGCCGGAGCAGGACUCCACAACUCGGGCAACACGUGCUUCCUCAACUCCGUCCUGCAGUGCCUGACAUACACACCCCCCCCGGCCAACUACCUGCUCUCUCGUGAGCACAGCCGGUCGUGUCGUCAGCAAGGCUUCUGCGUGAUGUGUAGAAUGGAAAACCACGUUAACACCGUCCUGCGCUCGUCAGGCAGGGCCAUCUAUCCUUCGGCCGUCAUCAGUGUUCUCACACUAAUAGGAGAACAUUUCCAGCUUGGCAUGCAGGAAGAUGCCCACGAGUUCUUACGUUACGCUAUUGAUGCCAUGCAGAGAGCUUGCCUGAGCGGAAUCAGCGACUUGGACACCUCUUCUGAAUCGACUACCAUCAUCCACCAAAUAUUUGGAGGCUUUCUGAGAUCCAGAGUCACGUGCUCGAGCUGCAAAGUGGCUUCCGAUUCCUACGAGGCCUUUCUGGAUAUUCCUUUGGAUAUCAAGGCGGUCUCAUCUGUCACCGCAGCGCUGACGGACUUCGUGAAACCCGAGCAGCUGGACGGUGAAAACUGCUUUACAUGCAGCCAGUGUAACAAGAAGGUCGCCGCCUCCAAGAGGUUUACAAUCCAUCGCGCGCCCAAGGUUCUCCCCGUCUGUCUGAAGAGGUUUGAAGACUUCACCGGCGGGAAGAUCGACAAGGUUGUGAAGUAUUCCAACUGCUUGGAUCUUCGCCCGUACAUGUCUCAGACGGAUGGAGAACCGCUCUUCUACUCUUUAUACGCUGUCCUGGUGCAUAGCGGUAAUAGCUGUGAUUCGGGACACUAUUUCUGCUACACGAAGGUAAAGAGCAACUUCCUCCCACACACGAGAAAAACGUGUGCUGAGGAAGACAAACUUUGACGGCAGCGAUACUGGCAGCCAAGGAGAAGGUCUCCUUAGAGGCUGGGUUGGGUUUGUUUUGGCGUACUCUUGGUUCUGUAGUUCUUCUGCCUCCGUUUUUGUGGAGAAACCACGCAGUUCGUCUCCAGAUACCGUUGCCUUUUUUUUUUACAGGCCAGCAAUGGGCUGUGGUACGAGAUGAACGAUUCAUCUGUGGAUCGUUGUGACAUCAGCACGGUUCUCCAGCAGCAAGCCUAUUUGCUGUUUUAUGUCAGGAGCCCUGAUUUCAGGGGAGGAAGGCCUUCUUCCCCACGGAUACCAUCACAUGCCCGCGCCUUCCUGAGGCAGUGGGCGGCCGGCAGCAAGCAGGAAGAUCCUGCGGGACCAUGGGGUCUUCUUCCUAGGACUAAGAACACGGCGGUGGGCAUGGAGGAUUCUCCAGACGACACCAGCUCCUCUACAAGGACCAGCACCAGCCAGUUAAACUGGCCAGAUGCACGGGAGGCAUCUGCAGCCCGGCCAGGCGGGCGCAGCGUGGCCUCGUACACGUCCAGAACCCAACCUGGCUUCCCGUUCUGCCGUCAACUGUUUGACCUUGGGCUGCACGCCGUGCAACACGACGACGACGAGGAGGAGGAGGACGGAUUCAGCUCCUGUUCCUGCUGCCAGAGGAACGUGAUCAGGGAGAGGGCCUGGAGCAGCUUCCCGCAACGGGACAACGAUUUCCGCAGCUGGCUCACGGUCCCCACGGACUACAGCCUCUCAGCAAGGAGGAGGAGGAGUCCGAGUCGUGAAGAAGCCCUCAGGGAUGACUCACCUCCGUGGACCUCCAACGCCAGCUCCCGGUGGGCUCCCGCAUCCCGGGCUGCUCGGGAGCAAAGACUGCUGCGGGAAAGAACGCGGAGCCGAUCCCCGCGGCGGGGUUAUACUCUCCGCAGCCGCUUCGUGGAGUACACGGACUGCCGUGGCUCAGCGAGGAGGAGGAGAACUAGUCCUCCGAGUCAUGAACAAACCCCCAGGGAUGACUCGCCUGCUUGGACCUCCAACACCAGCUCCAAGCGGGUUCCCGCAUCCCGGGAUGCCGGGGAGCAAACUCAGCUGCGGGAAAGAACGCGGAGCCGAUCCCCGCGGCGGGGUUAUAAUCUCCGCAGCCGCUUCGUGGAGUACACGGACGACCAUCGCUCCGCGAGAGGAGGACGGAGAAGAAGCGUGAGAAGAAGUCCUCCACGUCGUGAGCGAGUCCCAAGGGACGAUGCGGCUCCAGGACCCUCCAGUGCCCGCUCCAAGCAGGCUCCGGCACCCGGGGCUGCUCAGGACCAAAUCCUGCCGAGGCAGAGGGAGCGAAGCAGAUCCCCGUGGCAGGGUUACGAUCUCCGCAGCCGCUUUGUGGACACCGCAAACUACGACCCCUCAGCCGGGAGGAGGAGAACAUCUAACAGCUUUAUUGACCGAGCAAGCAAGAUGUGCGGCAGUGAGUCACUUUGCUAGAGUGAUUUGAACAAACCGGUGUUAAGACGAACUGAUACCCUUCUGAACGCAUUCUUA